GGGAAAGCGAAAAGACGAGCAUUCUGAAGGCGCUUCGGAGAAUUUGCUCUCGGCGGCGGAUGGCGUAGCUGUACCCGCCGUGCGCGCGCGACCGCGCGCCAUGGCUGGCGCCUGGCGCAACGCGGGCGGCAAAGCCUCCUGGGGAGGCGCACGCGCGCCUCGCAUUGCCCCCGCCGGUGCCGACCGCGCGGCGAGCCAGGGCGGCGGCGCUGGCGCCCACCACGCCCAGGGCUACGCCGCAGGGGCUGGCCGCGGGCCCUAUGGCGCGCCCGGCUACAUGGCCGUGCCGACCGGGGAGGACGGCUGUUGCAGCUCACCCUGCAGUUGCGGGGAGGAGCAUUGCCGAGGCGCUUGCUGCGAGGGGUCGGGGUGCAGUGGGGGCACCGACGUCAUGUCCUACGUGGGGCCAGGCGGGGACUUCGUGCUGCAGCAGACUUUCAGGUACAUUGGAGGCGGCGCAGGGCAGUGGGGCCUUGUGGAGAUCCCCAGAGGGGGCUCUUGCUGCGCUGCUGUCUGCUUGGGGCUGUGCGCCUUGCCGCUGCUGCUGCUCCUGCUGGCGUGGUGGCUGCUCGUGCCAGAAAUGGACACCUCCACGACGACCGUUAGCACUACUGCAGCCCCCCCGCUGCUGGCGCCAGCGCUGACCACUUCGAAGCUGCCGUACGAUUGCUCCGUGGGCGCCCAGCGAACCUGGACCAUCGGCAAGACUGCGUGGUGCUGCGACAAGCGCGGAAUGGGGUGCCCGACGACCCCGCCGCCGCCCCCGCCCCCCCCCCCGCCCCCCCCGCCCCCGCCCCCCCCUGCCCCACCGCCCCCGGCUGUGCCGACAUCCACCACGACACCGUGCCCCAUCGAUUGCGACGCUGGGUACAACGACCUCGACCCGCUGCAGUGGGUGCGCGGCUGGAGCGGCGCCAAGAAGAUAUCUUCUGCUGCAGGACUGCGCACAGGGGCUGCCCUUCCGAACUGCCGCCGCCCUCGGGCCUGCCGCCCUCGGGUGUCCCCCCCCAGCCGGACACGUCCGUCUACGACUGCGACGCGGGUUAUCACGAGUGCAUGCGCUGCAUCCGCCAGGCCUGGUCGCCUGCGAAGAUCGGGCACGAUGGCGGACUGCUGCCGGCUGGAGCACAAGGCAUGCGCGGGGACGAUCCCCGAGUAGGCCCGCGGCGACCGAGCGCGCCGCGGGGGCUAGGCGCCCCAGCACGCUGGCGGGCCGUCGGCCUCGGAGCCCCGCAGCCGCGACCCCGGCCAGGGGGAUCUGCUGCCCCGACCCUGGACCCGGCGCGCGCGGGCCGCUCCCCAAUCGGGGCUCAAGAGACGGGGUCGGGGUCCAUGCACACGGGGGUCAGCCAGAGCGCCAAAUUUUGCAGGAUCCUGCAGGGCCAGGGUCGCAUUGACCCGGGUCUGGGUGCAGGACCCUGCAGGAUCUUGCAGGCUCCUCGCAUUGACCCGGGUUUGGGUGCAGGCCCGACUGACCCAGGUCUGCAUUGACCCGGGUCAGCAGAUCCCCGAUCCGAGCGCGGCAUGCACGGAGCACGUCGGAGAGCGUCCCGACGCGCGCUGCGGACCAGCCGGUGGCGCUCGACACGUCCGCUGGUCGGCGUCGCGUAAGAUUGACCCUUCGCCGGAGUGCCCUCGAGUGUGGGUUCACAGGGGUCCCCGGGCACUAGCCUGCACGCUUGGAUUUGGACUACCCGCGGCCCCCUGAAGUCGCACACCAAAGGUCAUUCUUACCUGGGGUCACUCAUGAGCGUAGUCGACCUCAGCAGGGCGGCUCUCAGAGGACCCCGAGCCGUUCGUUCGUACCCACCGUGUUCUCGCCAGGUCGGCGGCCACCGCCCGUACGAGCCUAUCGGUUUGAGUGGGAGGGAGGGACGUGCCGGCCCCCCUUUCUCGUUGCCCCUCAGGUGUGGGGGGAAGAGACGCGUUGGCUUCCGCACGUCAAAGGACGGCGAGGCUCGCGCAUUCUCAUCGCAGACUGGGUAGCUUAUCUGAUCAGGUUCCUAGUUUGCCGCGCAUCCAGGCAAAGCCACUGGAUCGCAAUCAUCGGGCGCGCCCAUACAGAAAAAAUGUCCCACAGCCCGUUCGCAAGAGCAGUCCAGAGACCGUCUGCUUCAAACCGCUGUGCUAGAGUGUUUGCGCGCGCCGUCGUGAUUAUCUUCGGGUUGAUGGGGGAUGAGAU